AUGUUGCAAGGGGCGGACGUUCCUCCGAAUCAGACCAUCUACCUGAACAACCUCAAUGAGAAGAUUAAGAAGGAAGAGCUGAAGAAGUCGCUGUACGCGGUGUUCUCGCAGUUCGGCAAGAUCCUCGACAUUGUCGCGCUCAAGACGCUGCGCCUGCGCGGGCAGGCGUGGGUGGUGUUCGAGGAUGUCACGGCCGCCACCAACGCGCUGCGCCAGAUGCAGGGCUUCCCCUUCUAUGACAAGCCCAUGAGGAUCUCGUAUGCAAAGACCAAGUCGGACGUGGUUGCCAAGUCAGACGGCACAUUCGUGCCCAGAGAGAAGCGCAAGCGCCACGAGGAACGAGCCCGGCGUCGCCAGCAGCAGGAGCAUGCUGCAGCAGGGGCAGCAGGCGGCGGCCGCGCGCCUGCCACUGCUGCAGCCUAUGCCCAGGCUGGGGCAAUCCCAGGGGCAAACGAGCCGCCUGCGCCGCCCAACAGCGUGCUCUUUGUGCAGAACCUGCCGGUGGAAACCACCCCGGCCAUGCUGCAGAUGCUGUUCCAGCAGUUUGCUGGGUUCAGAGAGGUGCGGAUGGUGGACGCCAAGCCAGGAAUCGCCUUUGUUGAGUUUAUAGAUGAAGUGCAAGCCAGUGUAGCCCUGCGGGGGUUGCAGGGGUUCAAGAUCACACCCACACACCCCAUGCUGGUCUCAUACGCCAAGAAAUAG